AUGCACCACGGUUGGGGUGAGUUCACCGUCAAGGACGUGAUUCUCACCCUUGACCAGCAGAUGUCGAACCCCCUGGCCGGCUGCAAGUCACCCCUGAAAAAGUUCAUGGGCUACGACUCCAUGACCGAGAUGAUCGAUUCCGGCAACGCCGAGAUCGUUGACGACUACACUCUCAAGAUGAAACUCGCCCGAGCCCCAGGUGGACGUGGCCGACUGGUGGUUCAACAUCUGGUGGUUCCCUGCGCCGCCGUGCGCAGUUCCGCUCAGCACGAGGCCGAGGGCGACGCCAUGUUCGAGAGCGGCCCCGCCGGAACCGGCGGCUACCAGUUCGUCGAGCGCGAGCUCAAGGAGUACACCGAGUACGAGGCGGUGCCCUACGACCACUGGCGGGUGAACCCCGAGUUCAAGCGCAUGCGGAUUACCACCGCGCCCGAGGACCUGACCCGGCUGGCCAUGCUGCUCACCGGCGAGGCCAACAUGGUGGACGUGCCCAAGGUGCUGCACCAGCAGGCCAUCGACGAGGGCAUGGAGGUCUUCGAAAGCCCGCUGCCGUCGGUCGGGCUUGACCAUCUUGCCCUUCGGCCAGUACGACCUCAGCCAGGUCAACUGGAACCCGAUACCGAGCCGUGGACCGCCCCUGGGGAGACCGGCCGGCUGGUGCGGGAGGCGAUGAACCGGUCCAUCGACCGGAACCAGAUUAUUAACGAGCUGUUCAAGGGUCGCGGCGAGCCGAUGUACAACACCAUCUUCCACGACACGCUGGAAGGGUGGAACCCGCGCUGGGCCGACGAGUUCGACGAGAAGUACGGGCUACGACCCGGAACUGGCCAAGCAGUUGUUGGACGAGGCCGGCUUCCCCGGCGACAAUGGCCAGAAUCGCUUCUCGCGUAG